UUUAUACAUAGUUACGACUAACUUACCUUACCAACUGGCUCGCUCUGGGAGACAAGACUGGAGGGCUUGAGCAGUUGGCCCCUUGCCCCUUGCCCCUUGGCCCUUGGGACGAGUCACCAGCAUCAUCAUGGGCACCGGAAUGGGACUUAGCGCUGUCUCGCACUCCUAAAAACUUAAUUAAGUCUUCACUCCUCCUUCGCUUGUUAUGCUUGGAAACCUACUCCGUACUAAGGCUUGGGUGGGCUUCGCUCGUUAACUCAACUCAUCAUCGAAGGCUGGCCAAACACAGAGCUUGGGUGUUGGUUGAUGCAUGAUCUUCGUUCUUACAUCCUCUUGGGUCCUUGGAGCUGUGCCUCUGACAAGAAAAUAAAGAAGCAGAGGAAGACAAGCUCGUGCCCAGAGUCGCAUUCAUUGGCACACAAUUCAUUAUGCCGAGGAUGUUGCUUCCUUCUGAAGGGCAAUCAUUUUUAUUGAUUUGCCUGCGUACCCUCGCGCGCCCUGCCACGGUACAAAAUAAGAAAUAUACCGCUGAUCCGCAUUUACUACAGCGUAAUAAUGGGUUUGCGGACUUAACUUAUGGACUGGAAUAUUAUAAUAACAGCAAUUUACUUUACCGUGAGUGGCUAAACACCACCUGAAAGUAACUCUGUACCAAACUUCAGCCCGUGUGAUGUGAGGCACAGAAUGUCUGACGGAGAUGGCAGAUCUCUUCCCAGAAACCGCAUCUUGCAACUCUCUGUUAAAUAAUAAUGCGGAGCUUCUCGUGGUGGUUUCACCGCUUGCUACGGAAGCCAGCCCAGGAGCCAGGGCCAAGUUUUUGAACUAGCCAACCCUGUGCUCGUGAGGCGUCGGUUCACACGAACGCUGUGCCAUUCAUUAUUUACUACUAAUUUAUCUUCAGAAUACCACCCUGAUGUCUUUCUUAGUGCUUGGACCCCACCAUCGCCUUGACAUGACCUAUUCUUCGACGGGUAUCGCGACAGAAAAAUGAAUAAUAAUGCACCCAAACCCUGUUUGCAGGAAUACUUGACCAAAUAUUUCGAAGAGGAAGCUACAAUCUCAACAAUCAGGCAGAUGCGCUCACUUAAUGUAGAAUCACACAUUUAUGCGCACCUUUCUGGCACAAGCGAGCUUGCCAAACCUACCCAGAACAAUGCCCCAGGAGGGUUUUUUCACGGCAAUUUCCCCGCUGUCCGGUGGUUAUGCUGUCCCGGAGUUAUUCGCAUUAAUUUAUGACACAAAGCAGCCCGGAAAUCUCUCAGAAAAGAGUAAAUUCCUAGCAGCUGCCUAGGCCGGGAAUCUUAAACCAAGAAUGAGAGCCAUGGUGCAGGAUCAUGCAACUUUCGAGUUUCCAGACUUCCUCGCAAACGCAUUGAAUGUUGUUCAUUAAUUAACCCAUUAUUACUUGUUGACUUUGUCACACAGAAUGUAGUUCCAGCAUGCAUGCAUAUCCCUUAACACCCUUUCUUUGUUCGCCAUCCCGUGCCGAACCACUCAUGCACGCUGUCCACAAAUAAAUCUGCAAACGGCCAAAUCAUGCCACUCCCGUUCCCAUCCAAACAAAAAAACGAGGACAGAUCCUCACCGCCAGGGACAUUGUGCCACUGCCAUGGCUGUGACCCGGUUCCCUCACUGGGGGACGCUAAGCCGGCUCGAGCCCUUGACCCUGGGGCUCGAAUGAUUGAUAAGCUGAUGGCUGCACGGCUGACGCCUGCCCCGGAACAGACCCUCGUGCUCGGCCAAAAUUUCAAGUCCCAACUCCAGAUGGCAGAAAGUGAGGGAUGACGCUCCGACCCGCGUGGGUUUUGCAGCAACUGGCGCCAAAUAAAGUGGAGAUCCUAGACACUGUUCGUCGUUCCACCGCUGAAAUUGUUUGGAAACAGAGAGUGGGAGCGACAUUUUGCUUCCAGAAUGCCGUUCACUUUCUUUCCAUUUAUGCGGCAGGUGGAUGAACAUACCAAACAUCCUCCCACUCAACCCCUUCAAGCAUAUGUACUAAAUCAACUGCAUAUUUGGCCUGCUGACCUGGAUGAGCUUCCUUCAUUUUAGGGAAUACAAGGACAUAAUUUCCAUUUAUGUCAGCUUUUCACGACAACAGGAUCUGCCUUUGCCACGUGGCAUGUCCCUUUUUCCAACUUCUGUUCUUCAUGAUGUCGACCACUACGGAGUAGUUAUAUCAGCCUGUUUCAGCAGACCAUUUGGAAUUAUUCCUUGACGAAUACGCUUCGAUCCAGCAGCCCCGCGAGGUCGUUUCGGUAACAGAAGCUACUAACACUCUUCUAGCGUUGAAAUCGGGCCGGGCAGCCCCUGGCCCUUCUUGCAUUAUUGAUACAGCGACGCAACCCACCCUAGCUUCAUACCAUAACCAAUCACACCAUCGGGCCUACUGUGAUGAGUGUAACCUUUGCGUUCAUUUGAGCUGAGGAAAGCAUAAUAAUUUUAUGCAUUAUUCAACAACCAAGCCUUUCACCUGUUGCUUUGUUUUCUGAACGAAGUCUUGCUGCUUCAGCUGACCCAGGUUCGUUUCUUCUCUUUCUUCGAGAACUUGCAUGGAUUGCUUGGAGACAAUGAAAAGAUAUUAUACCAAGAAGAAAACAGGGCAAUAGCGCAAGAUAAAGCUGGGAGGGUUUAUUUGUUUCUCUUGAAUUGGCGAAUAAAUCAAACAGCGACUGCGGACCCUACCCUACCCCCACAUUCAUUUGAGACGAUCGCGGUAACUUAGUUCACUCAGCGUGUUCCGCUGUACGCAGUUUGUCAACUUGGCCAUCAAGCAACUACUGCUUAGAUUGAGGGGACCUCAAUCAUUCGGUAUCGGCCAUGGUGUGUGUAUGCAGGAAUGGCGAUUCAGAGAAAAUGUC